AUGAAAUAUGCCUCCAGCCCGAAGGCCUGGCAGCGGGUGAGAAGUCAGGGUCUCCCUGAGACGCUGGUGCGCACAGAAACCAAAAACAUAGAGGUAAAACGAGUCCAGGCUGGAAGGUACUUGCUGGAGGAUGUUCCCGAAGACGCCAUCAUGAAGGUCACCGUGACAGGACUCCAGAGGCAGGACGAGGGGCUGUACCAGUGUGUGGUCAACAUCUCUCCUCAGGACCUUAUCAUCCUGUACACUCGAAUUCGUCUGGUUCACUGCAGUGGUGAGCAGCAGGGAACCCUGUCCUGGGAAGGGGCUUGCUGA